GCGUGCUCUGGCCUAGCUAUAAAGUUCCCAGCUCCCAACUCCCGAAAGAUAUAUGCGCAGCUAGCCAGCCCACGGCGCACUGUCGGCCGUCACAAGGGCAUCUCUCCGGCCGCAACAGCUAGGCGGGCAACGGCGGCCGUAGCUUCUUCUCAUUAGUUCUCUUACGGCCACUCGAGUCGCGCGCGCGCGAUGCUGCAGCUUUGCAGUCGGCGCGUCCUCGUGGUCGCCUUGGCGGUGGCCGUCCUGGGCGCCGCUAACCCGCGCGCCGGCGUGGAGGCGUACAAGAACUACACCGUCGGCGACGACAAGGGCUGGUACGACGACCUCGCCGUCGACUACCAGGCGUGGGCCGAAGGCUACAACUUCACCCUCGGAGAUUUCCUCAUAUUCAACACGGACAAAAAUCACUCGGUGGUGCAGACACGGAACGAGACCCUGUACAAGAGCUGCGACUACGACGACUCCGGCCUCGACGACACCAUCGAUUGGUCUGCCGCCGCGCCGGAGUUCAGCAAGGAUGCCGUCACCGCCGCCGUGCCACUGCUCAAGGAGGGCAACACGUACUUCUUCUCCGGGAACUACGACGGCGAGCAGUGCGAGAACGGCCAGCGCUUCGCCAUAGCGGUCGCGCACGGCCAAGGCCUCCCGCCGGACCUCAGGCCGCCGGUGGCCGACGCGCCAGGGCCAGCAGCCGGGCCUGACAGCGCGGACAGGGCGCCGGCCUUCGACUUCAGCCACCCAAAGAACGUCUCCACGCCGUCGGACGCCAGUGCUUCCGAUGACGAGACGAGUACUAGUACUUCGGAUUCUACUCUAAAUCUAGUCAGCUUGGGGGCUGGCCUGAUCGUGGCUCUCACUGUGCUCUUUGUGGUGCAAGUAUAAGAUGUGCAUGGUGCUUUAGCUGCCCGCUCGUUUUGUGGUACCUAAAUUAUAAGAUUUUGUAGAGAAAAUAUUUGGUGCAACUCAAUUGUAUUCUAGGGACAAUAUAUACACAGGAUGUCUUGCGUGACAUGAAAA